AUUUAAAUAUCACCUUUAUUAUCUGUCUUGCUUUUGGCCUCUAAGCCUGGGCUCUCCUGUAAAGGGUCCAGAUAACCAGGACACUUUUCAAUAUAAGCCCAAAUGCAGAGAUGGAAGAAGAGGGCUGCGCCAAUGACGAUCACAUAGAAAUUUGUACCUCGAAACUUUCAGGAAGCAAAAAGAAGAAAAAAAGAAAGAAGAGAUUGUGGAUCAAUCUCACCAACUGUAAAUAUGAAAGUGUGCGUCGUGCUGCCCGCAGAUAUGGUCUGCGAGAGGUCGGGGAAGGAGAAGACUGGAGCUUAUUUUGGACUGAUUUGUCAGUCUCUCUGGAUAGAGUCAUGGAAAUGAAGCGAUAUCAGAAAAUCAACCAUUUUCCAGGAAUGAAUGAGAUAUGUAGGAAAGAUCUCCUUGCACGAAACCUGAACCGUAUGUCGAAGCUCUUUCCAAAAGACUAUAGCAUCUUUCCCCGUACUUGGUGCCUUCCUGCAGAUUACAGUGAUUUUCUAGCUUAUGCAAGAGCCAAAAAGCAUAAAACAUAUAUUUGCAAACCAGAAUCAGGUUGCCAAGGACGUGGUAUAUUUCUCACCAAGUCCAACAAAGAUAUCCGACCAGGUGAACACAUGAUUUGCCAGGUGUACAUUUCUAAGCCAUUUUUAAUUGAUGGAUUCAAGUUUGACUUGCGCAUUUAUGUGUUGGUGACUAGCUGCGAUCCCUUCCGCAUCUUUGUGUACAAUGAGGGACUGGCUCGUUUCUGCACGAACCAGUAUAGUGAGCCCACCCAUAACACUAUGGAUGAUGUCUGCAUGCACCUGACCAACUAUGCCAUCAACAAGCACAGUGAGAAUUUUGUACAUGAUGACGACCAGGGAAGCAAACGGACGCUCUCAGCCUUCAACAAGUGUCUGGAGUCAAUGAGAUAUGACCCACAGAAGGUGUGGGCAGAUAUUGAUGAUGUAAUUAUUAAGACCCUUAUCUCAGCUUAUGCUGUUCUCAAUCACAACUACCACACCUGCUUUCCCACCCAUACAGCAGGCAAUGCCUGCUUUGAGAUCCUGGGCUUUGAUGUUUUGCUGGACCACCGACUCAAGCCCUGGCUACUAGAGGUCAAUCAUUCUCCCAGCUUCACCACCGACUCUAAUUUGGACCAUGAGGUAAAGGACAGCUUGCUGUAUGACACGCUGGUGCUGAUUAACCUGGGGACAUGUGAUCGCAAGAAGAUCACAGAAGAGGAGAAACGUAGGGUGAAAGAGCGACUUCAACAGAAUCGCUCCAGAGAGGCCAGGAAUGAGGAACAUCGCCAGGCAGAGGCUGUCCGUAUGGAGCAGAUGCAGAGAUAUGAAGCCAAUCACCUUGGGGGAUUCCGUCCAAUCUACCCAACAGUGGGAGAAGACAAAUAUGAGAAAUAUUUUCAACAAAGCAGCUCUCUGUUCCAAGAGACUGUAGCCUCUAAAGCAAGAGAGGAUUGUUCUAGGCAGCAGUUGCAGGAGCUGCGUCUGAAGCAGGAACAGAAAGAACGAAAGCAUAAAGGAAAGCAGAAGGAUCUACAAGGAGAAUCUGCAGGAGAAAGAGCCAAAUCGCGCGGAGUGCAAACGUACAACAUGCACACAAAACCACGCUCUGAACAAGAAUCCAUGCCCCUUCCGACUUCAACAGGAGGGACAUCCUUGUAUCUGGAUUUGUCAAAAGAAGAGGAAGCAGAGGAGGUGGAACGUGUUAAUGCACUUCUCCAGCGAAAAAACUUGCUCCGGGACUUGGGUGUGGUUGAUCAGGUGUAUGAGUUGCUACACAGUAUCCAUUCGCAGCCUGGUCCCAACAAGGUCUUACAUAAACAAGUGAAUGUCUCUUUACCCAAAACACAUGAAAGUAUCAGUCAGUUGGGUUCUCUGACAGAGCUUUGGAGGCAUAAAUUACCUUGUACUGUGAGACAGCGGAUAGUUCCUCCAGGAGACAAGCCAUGCCAGCAGUAUUUGCACUCUCGCCUCAUGCAGCAUUGCACACCGCUGACUAUACUUGAUUGGAGGCCUCCCAGGCCAGUACUUAGUGAGCCAACCAGUUUCCAGCAUAUCGACCUGGAAACAAAAGCAUCUGAUGUUGAGUGGCAAGAGUUUCCAGAUCACAGGAGAGCUGCUAGUGCACACCGGGUAGCCCAGACAAUUACUAGCCCUGUUGCCAGACAGGGAAGUAUUAGAUCAUGCUUUGUGGAAUCCAGGAACCAGGCUCCAAUAAUGACUAUGCAACAGCUGGGAUCAAGACAACUGUGUUGUUCUCCCAUGUCCUCUGACCAUAAAGCCUUGCAGAAUUUGUUCGUCGUCUCCACUUCAGCCCCUCUUGUCCCACGUCCAGGUCACAGUUACACUUUCCACAAAGGCCACUUCAAAAACUUUCAGCAAGGAAGAAGAUGAUAUACAAGUCUCGUGUUCUUGUUUUUGGAGAAUGAGAUAAACUGGUUUGAAGGUGACCUGUUUUUUUUAUUUGUUUCUUUUUCUUAAAAUAUUAUAUAUUUUUUAAUAACAUAUAAAUCAGUUAUAACUGAGCCAUCAUAUAUUCUGAGCCAGAAAGCAAAGAAACCUUUAUUUAAUUGCAGUAUUUUUCAAGUGGAACUGUGGGGCAAUAAUUCUCUGUUUAUUUUUUGUCCUAAAAGUACAAGUCAACUAGAAGUCUAGAAGUCUUAGCAGUGACACUCUGUGUAUUCAAAUAUCAUUACAGUUCUUUGGAGUGAUGCUACAUACCUGUUUUGUGAUUUCCUGGAACCUUUGAUUUAAUGGAACUUUUGCCAUUUUUUUUUCUGGUGGCACUAAUAUAACCGCACCCUAGAUAUCACCAAUAUGUCAUGGGAUCUUUGAGUUGUGGCAGUAAUAACAAUUAAAGUUUAAGAUAUGGUCCAAAUUAUUCCUUAGGGAAUCAAAAAAUUUGGGAUUGCCCUACAGUUUACACAAAAUAAGUAAACAAUAGACAAUCAAUUAAAAAAAAUCAUUAAAUUAUUUCCAUGUAUGUAUUGUAUUUUCCCACUUAUAAAAUCCAGAAAAGCUUUAGGAAAAAUGUAAAUAAAUAUUGAUUAUGUCAACUCAACCUUUAAUUUUUAGCCAAAUUAGAUGGCCAAAUGCACAAUUACUCCA